AACGGGAGGGCGGGCGGGCGAGCGGCAGCCUAGCAACGGCUGCUGGCGGCCUCCCAGCGCCUCAGCACCGGGCCCGCCCACCCGACCACCCCGCCCCCUUCACUGCCAAGCACUUCCCCGUUUUCUUUUCAAGCUUCUUCCACUCUUUUGGGGUUUUUUGCGCUAACGAGGAGGAGAAUGGCUCCGGUGCUGAUGGGGUUGCUGGCCAUCGCCCUGUUCGGCUGCCCGAGGGCGUCCUGCGACCAUAAGAGAGACUUCCCCGAACUGCCGGCCCACCGGCGGGAGAUCUUCCAGCAGCUGGCAACUUUGAGGGGCGCAUCCCGGGUGCGGAGAGAUGCUUCCCCCCGCCUCACCGUCCGUGAAGCAGACCCCUGUGGCAGUGGCACCUCCGAUCAAGGCGCCCUGAGACAAAACACCCAUCAGAACAUAUUUGAGGAUGAUGAUGGUUCCACAGUAACGUUAGCUUGGGUCGGUGAUGGAACUGGGAUCAUCCUUGUAUUGACUACUUUCAACUUACCACUUGCUUGGCUAUUUUUUGGUGGAACCUCCCGACUCUACAGAAGUGAGGAUUAUGGGAAAACAUUUACUGAUAUAUCAAUCCGACUCAAGAACUAUUAUAUACGGAAAGAAUUUGGAAUAAAUGUUGGACCGGAGCAUUCACAGAAGGUCAUUCUGACAGCUGAUGAAUCUAAACGUCCUAAACAAGGCAUAAUAUUGCGGUCAUCCGAUUCUGGACGGACAUUUCAUUCCAUCCGUCUUCCCUUCCAACCCAGCCUGCCGAUGAUCUAUCAUUCCAGCCAUUCGGAUCACCUACUGGCCUACAGCACUGAUCAUGACCUUUGGCUUUCUCAAAAUUUUGGUACUACGUGGAAAAAGAUCCAUCAAUUCGUCUAUGGUUGUUCAUGGGGACCAGGCAGCACCAUUUUUUUCUCAGCUCAUCCUGACGGCUUUUAUGAUGUAAAUGCCAGAGGAGUACUGAUGCUUAAGAGAACAAUGGAUUUUGGGAAAACGUAUAAAACACUUCUCUCGCAUGUUUACUCAUUUGGCUUUGCUGGCCGUUUCCUCUUUGCCUCUGUUGUCAAUAACCAGACCCAGCCCAGAUUGGUGUACGUGUCUGCUGAUCAGGGUGAUACCUGGAAUAAAGCUCAACUGCCUCCUGUGACCCAUGAACAGUUUUACUCAGUACUAGCAGCAGACGAUGAAAUGAUUUUCAUGCAUGUGGAUGAUCCUGGCAAUACUGGGUUUGGAACAAUUUAUACUUCUGAUGAUCGGGGUCUUCUUUUCUCCAAGUCCCUGGAACAUCAUUUGUUUUCUGACACAAGUGGUGCAACAGAUUUCACAAAUGUAACGUCACUUCGCGGCGUCUACAUCACAAACAUACUCGAUGAUGACAAUAAUAUUCGAUCAGUAAUUACAUUUGACAGUGGAGGAGAGUGGAAACCUUUGAAAAAGCCAGAUAACAGUCAAUGCGAUGCGACAGCCAAGAAUUCACAUACGUGUAACCUCCAUAUCCACGCUGCAUAUAGCAUCUCCCAGACCCUGGAUGUUCCUAUGGCCCCACUCACUGCAGCAAAUGCAGUUGGACUGAUCAUAGCCCAUGGUAGUGUAGGAGAUGCCAUCUCUACAAUGAUUCCGGAUGUAUAUGUAUCAGAUGAUGGCGGAUAUACUUGGUCAAAAGCACUGACUGGACCCCAUUAUUAUACCAUCCUUGACUCAGGAGGCCUAAUCGUAGCAGUGGAAUCCCAUGUGGACAAGCCCAUUGACAUUAUAAAGUAUUCAACUGAUGAAGGGCAAUGCUGGAAGAAUUAUAACUUCACAAAUGAGACAUUUAUGUUUGUGGGGCUUGUAUCAGAACCAGGAACAAAAUCGAUGAAUAUCAGCCUCUGGGGAUACAAAAAAGAAAACAUUUAUUCAACAACUUGGCUAUCAAUAACCAUUGACUUUGAGGAGCUUCUAACCAGAGACUGUGAAGAAAAGGAUUAUGUCAAAUGGUUGGCACAUUCUAUCGGAACUGGGACAAAAAACGAUGGCUGCAUUUUGGGAUACAAAGAAACAUUUCAGAGACUUGCCAAGGCCUCCGUAUGUAGAAAUGGGAGGGAUUAUAUCAUCAACAAAAAACAAAGCUUUUGCCCCUGCACUCUAGUUGAUUAUAUGUGUGAUUUUGGAUAUUAUCGCGAAGGAAAUAGUGAUGAAUGUAAAGAACAGCCAGACUUAAAGAAUCGUGUGCUGGAAUUCUGCUUACAAGGCAAAGAGGAGCUGUUGAAUACAGAAGGGUAUCGAAAAGUCCCAGGAGAUAAAUGUGAAGGUGGUUUCAUGCCCAAUCGAUCAGAAAAAAUGACAAACAUGAAUUGUGAACAAAUGUUGUCGGUAAAAGAUCCCGUGCCCAAGAUUACUGUCAUCAUCAUAGUAUUGAGUGUAUUGGGAGCAUCAAUACUGAUGAUAACUGGCAUUGUCCUUAUUUUCAAGAAAUAUGUGUGCGGUGGAAGGGCCUUGGUCUACCGUUAUUCUGUUCUGCAAACCAAUACUGAUGAAGUCUGCAUUGCUGAAAGUCUGGAUGGCAACAGAUCAAACACUGAUAGAACUUAUCACGAUGAUUCUGAUGUUGAUCUUAUCGAAUAAGGCCACACUUGGCACCCUAGCCAUGUCAAAAUGGCACCCAAGCCAUUAUUUGCCAACAUAAAUCUGCAAAGUGGACUUUGCCUCAAUAAGUCAUCAGAUCGUAAAAAGAACAUUGCCAGGUGCCCCUGGGGCAGGGCUUUCUUCCUGUUAGUCAGCUUCUCUCCACCAUUAUUGCAUUUUACAAGCAAGAUAUAUUUGUGCCGCUGCUAAUAAAGAGUGAAAAUAUAAUUAUUUUUGCUGUGUGACGUGUUCGUGUAGCUACAAUCAUUUCUUAGGGCAUCUUAUUUUCAGGACAAACUCUACAAUUCGUAAGUCUGCGGUGUGGCUUCGCUUACACUUGUUGCAAAAUGGUUCCCAUCUAAAUCAUCAAUGCUUAAUAAAAACACAGGCAAUAUAUCUGUGAUUUUUCAAUAUUUGCCAUUUGGCUGCUCACAAAAUUAAUCUGAAUUUAUAUCUCUUAAAUUCACUAUUUGUUUGAACUGUGGAAAAAGACAAUAUGCUCAAUUUGCAGGGUUAAAUUUUGGUUUCUUUGCUUGACUUAAUCUGAUUUAUAACAGCAGUUACCCACUAUAGAACUCAUCAUAUUUAUUUGCCAUUUGGAUGGGCAAUAGGCUCUAUUCUACCAGAUUACUGUCCAGAAAUGAAGAUAAAAAUCUACCACGUUAUUUUCAACUCAUGAUGAAAAAGGCUCUUUUCAUUUUGAUUAAGACCAACAAAAAAAGAAUCACUGCAAAGCCAAAAAAAUAACUCCAUUUAAAUAGUUCUAUCACAACUUUGGCAGAAUCCCUGCACCACUGCUUCGUGAAAUGAUAGUGUGCAAUUUCAGCUGUUUUUAUACAGGGUUUGCAUUUGUUGCACUGAUUUCUCACUAAAAUUGUGACCAAAGAAUGCAUAGACUUUUUGGACUGUGAUGUUUGCCUUAAUUAUAAUUGUAGUUUGUUUAUUGAAAACAACUGUGUCUGACGUUGGGAAAUUGGUUCUUGUUUCUACCUUGUCUGUCAUUGCAUUUAUUUACCUGUGAUUUUGCUACACGUAGAGAUUUAUUGGAGUUUAAAAUUGUCUUGGCAUUAGUCCAAAGCAGUUAGUAGCCAAUCAAUUGCCCUUUAUACAAAUUUCUUCAUAUUCACUUCUAUUGGAUUUAAAUAGGAGUCCAGCAAUGUAACAGGCAACACAAAUGAUAUCACUAUGCGUCACUGUCCUGUGCAACUUUUUAUCUGGUGUGAUCUGGACCAUUACAUUAUAUGCUGACUGAAUAGUUUAUUGAGGCGCGUCCUAUACAUCGAUACUUUGUUCAGGUUUCCAGAAAGAUGAAACAGAUUUUUCACUUAUCAGCCUUCCCAUGGAACCUAAAGAUCAGGUUCACAUGCUCAAUUCAUCUUUGAUAUACCCAGUUCGCCGAUCAUCCUAUAUUCCUAAACUUGUCUAUGUUAUUGUCGAAUCCUAUCUUUUGUUAGUCCUAUCUUCGCAUGCAAAACUGCACUUGAAAUGUUUUUGAAUUGUUUAUGAUAUGCUUCUCGGCUUGGAAAUCAAUCAACAGGUAGUCUGUAAAUAAUGAGAUUGCAGCUCAGGUUUCAUACAUAUAUUUAAAAAAAAAAUUUACUUUAUCGUAGGCCUUCAAACAUUUUCUCAGCACUGCCUCCUGUCAGCUCCAGCUUUCGCUUCCACCCACAGCAGACUCAUUUAUCUAUGUAAUAGUUUCUGGGCAAAUGGGAUUUCCUCUGAGAUUGCCCCGCUGGAGUGCAAGCUUCUCGAAAUAAUUCCCUUCACUUAAAUAUUAAUGCAAUAUACGUUUCUCCGUUGUUUAAGAUAGUUGUCAUAUUUAAGUCCAAUACCAUAAAGCACAUUCACUUUUAUCAUCUACAGAAUAUUUUGCAGAAUACACUAUUGUAAAUGUGACCCACUUUAAGCUAUUUUUGAUGAUGGCACUUGAUAUUUUUUGGCAUUCCAAAUCUGAUUAAUCCCCAAUAUUGUGCUUUUAUAUCCAUCUUCAAUCUGCUGUUAUAGUUUAGUGAACCAUUGACCGUCGAACAAACCUGUAAUAUGUCUGUCAUUUUCAAUUAACAUUCCCAUUGCAAUGGCAAAAUAAAAUGAACUGGCUGUAUUCGGAGCUAUCUGACAACAAAAUAUCAUUGAAAUGCUCCUCCUAACCAGAGACUGAUAAAAUGUUCCCCCUCGGAGUCAAGAUGAACCACCAUUGACUAAGUAAUAACUCGCACUCAUGUUGGUGGCACAGUGGCAGCAGCUCAGACAGUGAGCUUUGAAAGUUUCUUGGGAAAAGUAACCUUGCCCUAUGAUAAAUUUUGCAUUUUCUAUAUAUAAAUCAUAAAAAUCCAAACAAAAACUGCAGGUGCUGAAAACCAAAAAUGAAAUGAGAAAAUAAUAGUCAUACAGCAAGGAAAUAGGCCCUUCAGCCCAAUGCCCAUAAUCAUGGGUCAUACAGCAAGGAAACAGGCCUGUCCACCCAACUUGUCCAUGCUGACCAAGAUGCCCCUUCUCAACCAAGUUCCAUUUGGCCCUUAUCAAUCUACACCUUUCAAAUCCAUGUACCUGUCCAAAUGUCUUUCAAAUGUUGUUAUUGUAUCUGUCCUGACUACUUCCUUUGACAGCUCCUUCCAUAUACACACCACCAUCUGUGUGGAAAAAAAUGCUCCCUUAGAUUUCCAUUAAAUCUUUCACCUUCAACCCAUACCCUUUGGUUCUUGCUAUCCCUAUCCUCGGAAAAAGACUGUGCAUUCACCCAAUCUGUGUCCCUUAUGAUUAUAUCUGAUACUACGAUCUGGAACAAAAAAAAAGAACUGAUGGAGGUACACAAUGGGUCAGGUGGUAUCUGUAGAAGCAAAGGGAUAGUUGAUGUUUUGUCUUGAAACCUCUUGCAUCAGGACUUCAUUACAGCAUCAGACAUUAACAAAAUAAAAGAGCUACAAAUGCAGAGUAGGAAAACAUGUCUGGUAGGUCAGGCUGGGCAUGUGCUGCACUCGCAGAGAAAAGAAGAGGAAAAAGUGGAAAAAACACAUAAACUGCGCCAAUGUCACAGAUGAGCAACAGACACAGAGAAAUAAAGUUACCUGCGGUUAUAGAAUUCAAUUGUCCUGCUCCUGCAUUUUGUGACUUCUACUUCCUUCCGCCAAUGUUCCUAUCCCGAUGUUCUCACUCUCUUACAGCUCCAAUUCACUCGUUGACCAGGGAAUGCUGUUUACAUCUAAUUCCCAUAAUCACCUUAGUUUUACCCUGCCACAGACAUCCCACUGCAACCUUUCCACUGCAACUUAAUAAGCUUAUAUUGUUUCCUUCCCAAAUCAGGCAAAGGGUUUUUGACCUGAAAUGUUAGCUGUGUGUCCCUUCCCGACAGAUGUGGGCUGACCUGACGAUUCCAAUGUUUUUUUUGUGAAUAAUAUAAACAAUACCCUGUAGUGGUCAGCUUCCCAAUUCGCACUAAUCUCAGAAAAUGAAUGAGAAGGAAAACUUUUUUUUUGCUCAGCUUUCAAAGUUGCUUGUGCCCCUCUCUCCUUCCUAGUGAAAGCGAGAUUGAAUGGAAGCAAACCAAACCACAGUUGAAAUUGGCCACCACAGGUUGCCCAGCAAGUUUUAUAUUUAAUAAGCUGGUUCUUAUGGGUGAGGAGGAGAAUACCUUUUUAAAACAAAUGCAAGACAACACUAUUAUAGGACCGACCCUGAUUUAUGAGGCCAAACAACUAAAAAGGUCGGCAAAAAUUUUAGUUUUGAAAGUUUAUUGCAGUAAUGUUAUUUCUAUCUUUAUAAUAGAUGUUAUAGAAAAUAUUUUUUAAAAAUAUGAUGUAAUAGUAUAAGGAUUGUGAAGGGUGAAAGCAUGAUCUUGAAAUGAUAAUUCGAUAUUUAUUAAAGAGAAUUUGGAGCACACAAAAAUAUUGGGCGGGGGGGGGUCGAGAAGGAAGAGGAACUAUCGGGACUAUAUUGAAUACUUUUUGUAACUUUGUUGCCGCCCUAUGCGUGAUGACUCUGCAUACUUUGUGUGUUGUAUGCAAAGCAAAGAAUUACACUGCACCAGUACAUGUGCUAAUAAAGUAUCAAUUAAUAUUGUA